UGGAAUAACUAUAGUUGGAAGCGGAGCACCAUCAACUAUUUCACUCGAUUGUCCAAAUGGAAUUACAUUGGAUGCCAAUGGUUAUCUCUUCAUCGUGGAUCAAAACAAUCAACGAGUUAUUGGAUCAGGACCAUAUGGUUUUCGAUGUUUGUUUGGAUGUGCAAGUGUUACCGGUUCAGCAUCUAAUCAAUUUGAUUAUCCAAGAAGUCUUAGCUUUGAUAGUUAUGGGAAUCUAUAUGUUGUUGAUAGAGGUAAUGGUCGAGUGCAAAAGUUUAUAAUAGCAUCAAAUUCAUGUAGUCUUUCUUAUAAUCAACCAACAUUUUGUUACAAUGCUUUAUGGUAUUCUAAUGCGUCAACUUUUGCAUCGAAUAGUACAAUUGGUACAUUACCUUAUGGUAUUUUUAUUAAUGGAAUUAAUACUGUGUAUGUAGCUAAUCGAGUUAGUAACACUAUUUUAUCAUGGCCUCAAUGGAGUACUACAUCAACAAGUAAUAGUUAUAGUAAUUUAAGUAAUCCAUAUAGUCUUUUUAUGUCUAUGACUGGUGAUAUUUAUAUUGAUAAUGGUUAUUCAUAUGGUCGGGUAGAUAAAUAUACAUUUAAUACAUCAAAUCGUGUUACUGUUAUGAAUGUUAAUGGAAGUUGUUAUGGUUUAUUUGUUGAUAUUAGUAAUAAUCUUUAUUGUUCACUUAAAAAUCUUCAUCAAGUUGUUAAACUCUUACGUAAUAAUGGUACAACUAUUCCGAUAAUUGCAGCCGGUAAUGGUUCUGCAGGAUCACUAUCAAAUAUGCUUAAUUCUCCACAAGGAAUCUAUGUUGAUAGUAAUUUAAAUCUAUAUAUUGCAGACAGUGCUAACAAUCGUAUUCAAUUCGUCCAAACUGGUCAAUUAAAUGGAGUGGCAAUCGUUGGUAAUGGAUCAUCAGCAAAUAUUAUACUUAACUAUCCAACUGGAAUUGUCCUUGAUGCUAAUAGUUAUCUUUUUAUUGUCGAUAGUUAUAAUCAUCGUAUUGUUGGUUCAAGUUCUACUGGUUUUCGAUGUAUAGUAGGAUGUUCGGGAGGUGGUUCAACUAUGUAUCAAUUAUCUUUUCCACAAAGCAUGGCUUUUGACAGUUAUGGAAACAUUUAUGUUACUGAUCGAAAUAAUAGUCGAGUGCAACAAUUCGCUCUUCAAACUAACAACUGCAUAUAA